AUGGAGCAAUUGUUGUUAGAUGCUGCUUUCCCUCCAAUAAGUGAGUUCCCAGACCUCAUAAAGGAAUCAUCAACGAAAUCAAAUAAGGCAGCUACACCCACUGGAAGAUUCAAUGGUGGUAUUUCCAAACCAGAGAAGAAAACAAGAUCAAGAGCUGGUUGCUUUAGUUGUAAAAAAUUGAAGAUAAAAUGUAAUGAAGCUAAACCAAUUUGUGAAUAUUGCAACCAUACAGGAAGAGAAUGUGCUUAUCCUGAGGCAAAGCCAAAAGCACCAAGAAAAAGAAGAGCAAGAAAGUCCAAAAAAGCUCAGAAUGAAGAAAGUUCAUCCUCUUCCUCCUCCUUAUCGGAUGAAUCAACUGUUGAGAAAGAAUUGUUCUCGGGCCUUCCCUUGAUACCCAUUGAUACAGAUUUUGUUGAAAUUCAGAGUAAGCCACUACAGAGGCUCAACUCAAUGAGCUUACAGCUUGAAGUUUCAAGUUUUGAAUUGAAGCUUCUACGGUUUUUCCUAGAUUUUGGGGCUUCAUUUUUUUCAUUUAAUGUCCAUGAGGAAACUUAUAGAUUUUGGUCCACAGAAGUUCCUAAACUUUGGUGUUCAUCAGAUUUAGUUAAAUUUUCAAUCUAUGCAAUAAGCAGUGUAAGAUUGCUAGCUAAUUAUGAACUGAAUCAUAUUGAAACUAUAGAUAUUGAGGAUGAAGUUGACCCUUUGUUUGGCACUGUUGAGAUCAGAACUGUCAACUUGCUUCAAAAGGCACGGGAAUAUAUACAAAAUACUUCUGAGCUUGCUGAACAAUUCAAGACUUUGGUACUUUCAAAUGCUAUCAACGAGGAUCUAAGUGAAAUCUUGGGUUAUUUUGCAAUCGCAAAAUCCGUUUUGGUAGCUGCCAAAGGUGUUUUCCCAAAUUCAACCAAAAUUGAUCACCCUCAUCCUGACCCAAGUGGGUUAUAUAACAUGUUGAGCUUUGUUAGAGGGAACUAUGACGUGAUUGCUUUGAAUGUUUCACAUCUAAAAGGAACAAAGUUUGAAUGUAUCCUUCUGCCAGCUGAAAAGCAAAUCACCACAAUUGACUCUGAAUUCGUUUUCAUCAAAUAUUUGAGGGACUAUGUCGAUUUUGUAAUAUGUGAUGCGGAUAUUUUACAAUUCAAUUAUUACACCGUGAUAUCUUCUGUUGAAAUUGGGGCUCACAGAUCAUUGGUCUUCAAAUAUCCAGUUCCAUUUUUCAGGGCACUUUUAGAUUUUGCAGUCAAUGAUGUUUAUUUAAAUGCCUUAAAUUCAAAGGAACACGUUGCAAUGAAGAUUAUGUUCUAUUUUUGUUCUCUUUGCUCUAUACUUGACUUUAAGAUGUUCAAAAAUAGUAGUAUGUGGGAUGAUUUUGUCGAGCUUUAUAAGGUACAUUCUUUUGGGUUAUUUGAAGGUAAAUUUGAAGAUGAAAUGGAUGAAAAUGUUUAUGAUUGUGUUGUUGCUAGAAGAAAGUCUGAGUUGCCUUAUGAUUUGCAAAUAUUGCGUACUUUGGGGAAGCCGCUUGCUGAUUUCAAGAAUGGAAAAAUAGAACUGGUACCAAGUGAACCUGAGGAUGUCUUUUUUUGA